AUCUGAGUAUCAACGCGCGCGCACUCGGCUCGCUGCGCAUCAGUAUUGACCCUGGCAUUGAUGGUUGCUCCAAUAGUGUAGACGGAAUAUUGACAACCUUUUUUUUAGUUCAGUCUGUUAGUUGAUGUGAGUGACCCAGGCAGACAGAGACAGGCCAUGUGACUCUGCCAGCUGUUGCUGUAUGCUGGUGGGAGCAGCGGAGGUGGGGAGGGAGGGGUAGGUAUGGAGCGAGCCGACGCACGUUGCGAGUGCGACCAGUGACAAUCCCUUGUUUUGCAAUCGAGAGAGAGAGAGAGCAGCAGCAGCAGCAGCAGGGGCUGUGAAGAGGAGCCUCACACACACCUCGCUGGCUUCAGCAGGACAGAUUUAUUCGUCACCUCCUCCCACAGCCUCACAUGAGACAAUCCCAGCUGCACCAUUCCAGCGCGCCUGGGUGGAUUAACUGCAACAUCUGACCGCAGCCGGGAGAUGAGAGAAGACCGGAGAACCCAUCCACCAAAACAGGAGACCGACAAAAGCCUCUGCGUCCUCGCCAUCCCUCCUGCCGGGAGACGUUCACCAUGAUGGGAUAGACGCAUCUGUUGCCAUGGACACCAGCACGCGAAAAUUCACAGUUCGAAGAUGGUUCUCAAUCUACCUGAAGAACAAAGCGGCGAGGAGCAAGAACACAGCUGGGUUCUGUCAGCUGGAGGAUGACAGCAUACUAAAGGAGAUCGACAUCAGCCACCAUGUGAAGGAAGGAUGUGAGAAGGCCGAUCCAUCUCAGUUCCAGCUGCUGAAGGUGUUGGGCCAAGGAUCCUACGGGAAGGUGUUUCUGGUGAGGAAAAUGAAGGGAGUGGACAGAGGGCAGCUGUACGCCAUGAAAGUUCUCAAGAAAGCAACGCUGAAAGUGCGGGAUCGUGUUCGGUCAAAGAUGGAGCGAGACAUACUCGCAGAAGUCAACCAUCCAUUCAUCGUGAAACUGCACUACGCCUUUCAGACUGAAGGGAAGCUAUACUUGAUCCUGGACUUUCUCCGUGGUGGAGACCUUUUCACGCGCCUGUCUAAGGAGGUCAUGUUCACAGAGGAAGAUGUGAAGUUCUACCUGGCUGAGUUGGCUCUGGCUUUGGACCACCUGCACAGUUUGGGCAUCAUCUACAGAGACCUCAAGCCAGAAAACAUUCUCCUGGACGAAGACGGACACAUAAAAAUAACCGACUUUGGUUUAAGUAAAGAAGCCAUCGAUCAUGACAAAAGAGCUUAUUCCUUCUGCGGGACGAUCGAGUACAUGGCCCCUGAGGUGGUCAACAGAAGGGGGCACACACAGAGCGCCGACUGGUGGUCAUUCGGGGUACUGAUGUUUGAGAUGUUGACGGGCUCCUUACCGUUCCAAGGAAAAGACCGUAAAGAAACAAUGGCACUUAUCUUAAAGGCCAAACUGGGGAUGCCACAGUUCCUCAGCCCUGAAGUGCAGAGCUUGCUGAGAGCACUUUUCAAGAGGAAUCCUGCCAAUCGCCUCGGAGCUGGACCUGACGGGGUCGAAGAGAUAAAGAGACAUUGCUUCUUCGCAUCAAUUAACUGGAAUAAAUUGUACAGAAAGGACAUCAGACCUCCGUUCAGACCGACAGUUGGGAGACCCGAGGACACCUUCCACUUUGACCCGGAGUUCACCUCCAGAACACCCACCGAUUCACCAGGCAUCCCACCCAGCGCCAACACCCACCAGCUGUUUAGAGGCUUCAGCUUCGUGGCCACGAACCAAAGUCAAGAGUCCAGCGUCUCGACGGUUGCCGCCGUCCGACAAGAAGUGAACAACAACCCAAUAGCAAAGCAUUUCCACACUGACAUGACCUUCAGUGACGUCUAUGAGCUGAAGGAAGAAGUGGGGCAGACCCUCACGUCGGUCUACAAAAGAUGUCUUCACAGAAUCACGGCCGUGGAAUAUUCAGUCAAGAUCAUGGACAAGACGAAGAAAGAUCCAUCAGAGGAGGUGGAGAUCAUGUUGAGAUACGGACAGCACCCCAAUAUUGUUACACUGAAGGAUGUAUUUGAUGACGGUCAGAGCGUCUAUCUGGUCCAAGAGCUGCUGCGAGGCGAGGAACUUCUGGACCGGGUGCUGACGACGCCUAACUUUAUAGAAAAAGAGGCCUCAGACAUCAUCUGCACCCUUACCAAGACCGUGGAGUAUCUCCACUCACAGGGGGUGGUUCAUCGAGACCUGAAGCCGAGCAACAUCCGCUACUCGGACGACCGUGGACUGGUGGAGUGCAUCAGGAUCUGUGACUUUGGAUUUGCCAAACAGCUGAGGGCAGAGAACGGGCUGCUGAUGACACCAUGCUACACGGCCACGUUCAUGGCUCCGGAGGUUCUCAGGAAGCAGGGCUACGACGCUGCCUGUGAUAUCUGGAGUUUGGGGAUCCUGCUGUACACCAUGAUUGCUGGCUUCAGCCCAUUUGCCAGCAGUCCUGACGACACCGCGGAAGAAAUCUUGGCUCAAAUCGGCUGUGGGAAAUUCGUCCUCACAGGAGGAAAUUGGGAUCUGGUGUCUGAUGCAGCAAAGGAUAUCGUGAUAAAGAUGCUCCACGUGGACCCUCACCAGCGCCUGACGGCCCCUCAGAUUCUUCGUCACCCCUGGAUUGUUGAAAGAGACAAGCUCUCUGACAAAGCGCUGGCCCGACACGAUGCCUUCAUUGUCAAGGGAGCGCUGUCGGCCACCUACUGUGCACUGCGGCGCUGCUCCCCGGCUCCACUGCUUGAGCCCGUUCAGUCCUCGAGCCUCGCGCAGCGGCGAGGGAUGAAGAAGGGAGCGAGUCCGAGCAAGGACAGCGACUCAAAGCAGCCUAAAGAGAGAGAAGAGACGAAGAAGUAAAGUGAUCUGUCGUCAGCGCGAAGAUGUAAACGCGUGUGCGUGUAUAUAACAUGAAGAGCUUUAUACGAUCGACACUGUCAGAAGAUCAUGUUGAAGAUCAUGGAACCUCCAACUGUGAAAAUGUGUCAACACAUCUCAAGCUAACCUCAUUACGUCAUCAAGUUUACGUUCAUGCAAAACUGUGCGAAGAGCAGAGACAAAUCAAUAAAGUCUGAGAGCAACGUUACGACGAGAAUAGAUGUGUCGCACAAAACUGAACGGAUGGAACCGAUUCAAGUGUCUUCCACUGCUGCUGAUGCAUUCUCAAGUCUCAAGCAUGUUGUACAGAACAAUAUAGCACCCGAGUCCCAGUGGCCGUCCAUGCAGCUUCCACCGUCUCUAUAUAUGUUGACGACGUGUUCCUUUCUGCUGCUGUUGGACAGCGCGGUAGUUAGGUUACCUGUGUGUUGUUGAACUCGUGUUGUUCUGUGUGCUCCAGCGCGCCACCUCGCCGCCGUUCAGCUCUUAGCUUUUAGUAUCUGAAGGCCAAAAACAGACGCACUGUGUCACAGAACCGCUGCAGUUGCCCUUGUUUCCGUGAAAUGAGCGUAACAGAUCCCAUGUAGGAUGUAAACAUGAGCAGGAGGGCGAGAUGAGUUGCAAAUUUGGAGUCAGUUCAGAGUCACACAGCCGGUGAUCUACUGACAGACAUCGUCCCGUGAGUCGGCCGAGACGAACCAGACUUGCACUCGAGCAUUUGAUGCUGUGUAGAGAUACUCGUAGAUCGUUCAGGUCGACCAAAUCUUGUACAUGCGACUUAUUUUGAGAGAAACAAAAACUUGAUGUAUAUAAACUUGCUGUACAGGAAUCAGCCAGCAGAUAUUUUGUUAGUGACGUUGAAACGGAUUGUACAUAAGAUGUUAUGUGCUUCAGUUGGUGUGAAAUAUGCUGAGAAAUUGAUGCCAAAGUUUUAUUAAUAAAGCAAACAAAUUG